GAAAAGGGAUUUCAGAAUGCUAGCUAACGUUAGCUAACACGUCUUAACGGGCAAUGCGAUUGGCUCUUGUAGUUACAACACAUUUAUUUGGAGGCGUUUAAAAGAAGGUGAAAUUAGUAUCCAUCAAGCUUUACUACUAAACGUUAACUAGGUUAAAUGAUGCUACCUCGCAGUGGGAGGGAGGAGCAUAGCAUAAGAGGUUAUUAGCAAGCUAGCUGUUAGCUACGUCAGAUCCACUGAUCACUGGGAGUAUGAAACCGUUUGGGGGGAAAAUGUGGACAUUUGUCUUUUAUUUCUUGUUUUUGAAAGGUGAACUAAAAUCAUUUAAAACUAUUUUGAAUGAUGUAACGUUAGCCUCCAUAGGAUUGAUCCAGGAAGUUUGAAAUCCAUCUAUUUUGGGCGGCUUUAGCACAGGUGCCCCUCUACUCUGCUCAGUACGGUAGCUCAGACAGACUGUAGGGUGCUCCUCUGUUCCAGUCAGUACGGUAUGUGACCGCCGCAGUCAGACUAUGUUUGUGUCUGAGCUCUGCUGCUCUGCUGCACCGCGCUGCUCCACUCUCUGAUCAAACUCAUUCACCUCAUUAUCUGGUGCCAAAGUUCCUGUUUUCUCCUCGGAUUCCAGCUCCUCUACAUACAGGUGAUCAUCGGGUGACAUCAGGAGGAGGACUCAACAACGAGCUGGACCUGACUCCGGUUCCGGACUCUACUCACAUUCUAGAGUGAAUUAUUUGCAGAGUUGAAUAUAUAGAAAUCUGGGUUCAUGCCGGAUUUCGAGCACUUCAGAUUUUCCUAUUCCAGCAUGAAUCCGGUCCUGGGGGAGAGUGGCUUCCUGGCCCCGCAGCAGCCCCCCCACCACAUGAUGGGUCUGGGUCUGGGUCUGGGUCCCAACGACUCCGCCAUCCCGGAGCCUGGCUACUUCCUGGGGGAGCCCGGCGGGUUCGGGUCUGAUGGGUGGUCCGGUCUGGACCUGGGUGCCCUCCCGCCUUCGGGUCUGGCCUACCUGCACUUGAGCACGCCCCUCCACCGCGUGCCCCCUGCGGCCACGGCGCUGCGCAACGACCUGGGCUCCAACAUCAGCGUCCUGAAGACCCUGAACCUGCGCUUCAGGUGCUUCCUGGCCAAAGUGCACGAGCUGGAGCGCAGGAACAAGGUGCUGGAGAAGCAGCUGCAGCAGGCUCUGGAGGACAACUCUGGAGGGGAGGGACACCACAAGCCGCUGACUAAAGACAUGGGGGUCCAGACUGGAUUUAUUGGACCUAUUCCAUCCAGACCAGGUCUCAUCCAGCUCCACAACGCCAACAACUCGGCCUACCUGCCCAGUGGCCUCCUCUCUCCGACCCUCAACCCUCCUCCUCUGUUCGACAACAAACACCUCCACCCGAGCAAGCUCUCCACGGAUUCAAACUCCAACCUCACCACAUCCGGGUUCUCCAUCAGCCCGGCCCUGAGUCCCAGCGACCCGUCCAGAACCAUCACCAACACCAACACCAACAUCAAUGAGAAGUCCUCGUGUCACACAGGGACCAACACCAACCACACACCCCCUCCUCCUCCACCGCGCUUCCUCCCCGGGACCAUCUGGUCCUUCAACCACACCCGCCGGUUCGGCACCGGGAGGGAAUCGUGCGUCACGGGCCCCGGGGUCUCCUGGACGCACCCGGACGGUGUGGGGGUCCAGAUUGACACCAUCACCCCUGAGAUCAGGGCCCUGUACAACGUGCUGGCCAAGGUGAAGAGAGAGAGAGACGAGUACAAGAGAAGAUGGGAGGAAGAGUACACAGCCAGAAUGGACUUGCAGGAGAAGGUGGCUGAACUGGAGGAGGACCUGCAGGAGAGCGAGGUGUGUCAGGAUGAGCUGGCUCUGAGGGUGAAGCAGCUGAAGGCAGAACUUGUCCUCUUUAAAGGACUCGUCAGCAACAACCUGUCAGAUCUGGACAGUAAGAUCCAGGAGAAGGCCAUGAAGGUGGACAUGGAUAUCUGCCGCCGCAUCGACAUCACCGCCCGCCUCUGUGACGUCGCCCAGCAGAGGAACUGUGAGGACAUGAUCCACAUGUUCCAGCAGGUGGCCACGCCCCCCUCCACUCUGAGGGCCAGAAAACCGAGCGGGCAGUCGGUGAAGGGCGGGGACGGAGAUGAACUGAGCAUGUCCGAGAGCGAGGGAGGUGGGGCUAAAGACGAGGAGUCGUGCAGCACGUCGGCCAAUCAGAUCAACGAGCAGAUGCAGAGGAUGCUGAAUCAGCUGAGGGAGUGUGAGUUUGAAGAUGACUGUGACAGUCUGGCCUGGGAGGAAACAGAGGAAACUCUGCUGCUCUGGGAAGAUUUUCCUGGAUACCCGCUGGGAGUGGAAACACAGGGAGAGCUGCAGCAGCAGGAGGAGUCCAUUGAGGAGGUGAUUAAAGACACAGAGUCUCUGUUCCAAUCCAGAGAGAAGGAAUACCAGGAGACCAUCGACCAGAUAGAGCUGGAACUGGCCACGGCCAAGAGCGACAUGAACCGUCACCUGCACGAGUACAUGGAGAUGUGUUCGAUGAAACGAGGGCUGGACGUCCAGAUGGAGACUUGCAGGAGACUCAUCACACAGAGCGGAGACAGGAAGUCGCCCUCGCUCAUCACAUUGACGGUGGACGACUCCGACAGCGAGGAGAAGAAAAAGCCAGCUCUCCCAGCCGAGUCUGAGAGCAGCGAUUCUUACUGCAGCGCUAACACCGCCAUCCCUCCCCUGACCUGGAGGAAACCCUAACACACACUUCAAUGCACACUGCUGGUAAAUAAUCUCACACUAAUGCUCUUCUCUUCCUCCACUGCUGUUUGAGAGCCUUAACUAUGUCUCUGUUGACUUAAGGUAGAAAUUACUUUAAAACCAGCAGAUAUAAAAUGUCUUUUUGAUCUUUAAGCUUCUGUGAAUGCAGCCAGUGGUCCGUUUUACUGGGCGCCAACCUGACAGCAGGUGAAUUUGAGCAAAAAUGUGGACUUAAAUCUGUUUAAGUUACACAAACGUCCACACAAAACCAGAAUUUGCUUGCAAAGCUUGUGUAGUAAAAUUAUAGAAAGAUUUAAGCUUCAUUAAAAAGGCAAUAAUUCUUCACUUGAUAUUUAACUGCUGCCCUCCUGUGAUUAUCAGCUGUAACUGCACAUCAGUGAAGGUCAAACAUUCACUGCUUUUGUUUGUUGACGAGAUGAAAAGGACACAUUUUUAUUUUGCACACUGACUUUGCUGUUUGAUGUAGGAGACAAUUAUUUGCACAGUUUCUCUUUGUGCACCUGCAGCUGAAAGGCAUUAUUACAGUAACGCACAAAGAAAUAGUUUGCACACAACUGUUAAUUGAAGUGGUUAAGAGUGAUCACAUGUAUGAACAGUAAAUAAAUAAAUAAAUAUUUGCAAGAAAAAUAUUGCAAGUAUAGCAUCAGUUUAAUUCCUAAAAUCGUAUUUAUCUGAUUCCAUUUUCUUACUAUUUGACAGAUCUCCAACUAUAAAAGCCCAACUUGCCUUAAACUGAUUUGAGAACAUUUGAGAAAUAUGACAUCUUCUCUAAUAAAAAUAUUGUAUCUGCAUGAGAGUGAAAGUUAGUCCAGAGACCUGUCCUGAAAAUGCAUUUUUAAAUGUUAAAUCCUAACCACAAUUAAUUCACAAUAUUUUAAAAGUACAUAUUUUGGAACUCCACCUCGGAUUUCCGUUACUCUAAAUCUGCCUCACAUACUGUGUGAGUGUAAUUUAAUUGUUUAUCAUUCGGCUUGUAAAAAUGCGACUUGUAUAAAGGACAGACGUAGGACUGUCACUAAUGAUUAUUUUUAUUAAUUAAUCCUGCCAUUACUUUCUAUUAAAGGAAUAGUUCACCCACAAAAUUAUUGUUUUAUCAAUUACUCGCCGCAUGUUACCUUGAAUCCUUGAAGAAAGAGUUUUUCUGUCGUGCCUCCACAGCAAACAGAGAAUCUAAAAACAGCAAAGCAUGAUUAAAGUAAACGGGGGACGCGUUUAACAAAAGCAAAACUAUAUCAAAACAUUCGUUUACAAACUCUCACACAACUGAAUAAUCCACGUCUCAUAUAAUCCACGUCUCAUUUAUCCAGUCUUAUGAUCACUACUACCCAAACACAUGCAUCUUCACAGAACCGGACUAUUUCAAACACUUCCUCCACUACUGUCUCAUGCUUGCACAGGCGUGCUGCGAGUCUGGAAGAGCAGUACGCUUAUGCUACGGAUCUUUUCAUUGCCAUUCUGUUGCUAGGGUAACAGCUUUGGUCCAAGUUUACUUCCUGUCAGCUACUGCAUUAACAAACCAUGCAACAGGAAAUAGAAUGGGGCCCAUUUAGAUUGUUUGAAAAGGUCUAUAGUUUUGCUGUUGUUACACCUGGACCCCGUUUACUUCAAUUCAUCAAGACUUUCCUCCGUUUUCAGAUUGGCUUGCAUAUUGCCAAUUACCGGCAAUUGCCGGCAUACACCGAUUACAUUACUUGCCAACCGCUCCCGCCGUCUUUUUGCUUUUUUAUAGAAAUGAAACUCAAUUAGUUCAUGUUCACUCAUCGGCAUGUUAUCAAUACAUAGUCGGACGACAAACGCGGGACAAGAGAGUGUUGACAGACAAGACGAUGGCGGAGGAGUUGGUGUCAAAGUGAAAAGCAAAGUUGGAUAUUUGGCAAUAUUCCUGAUUUAAACCCAAUAAUAUAAGGGAUAAUGUUAACAAGACAAUCGCCGUGUGGAGGAUGGAGCGGUCACAGUCGGUGGGUGAAGUAUUCCUUCAAAUAUCAGAUAAAAAGGUAAACAAAAAAAAGGACCAACAGUCAAUAGCUUAAGAUUUUACUAACUAAAGACGAGACUAAAACAAUCACAUAUACAGCGGCUGGAACCUGUAUACUUUGGGGCAUUUUUGCUAAACAAAUUACAAUUAUCCUAAUUUUUACUGACUAAUUUUCUGUCAGUUGAUUAAAUGAUUAAUUUAAUGUUUCAGUUCUUAACCGAUCAAUUUAUAAUUGAAGUCUUUAUUUGCUAAAAUGGGAAUUUAUUUUUGAGAAUUUGAAGAAUCUCUCAGCUGAGGUGGAUUUUUGUCUCUAAAUUAAAAGGGAAGGUGUCAUAUUUAUACACCAUCAAUCACAAGCCAACCUCCAUCAAUGCUAACAUGGAAAUCUAUAUGUUAUGAAAUAAUUACUCUUAAAGUCCCAUGUGACGCAUUUCAUACAUUUCCACUGCAGAAAUAACUUGUCUGUUAGUUUGAGACGGUUGGCAACAACAGAAAUUUAAGGGCAUUUUAUUUUUAUUUCACAAAAGUAAAAACCUAUUUUAAGAAUGUACAGUUUGUAAAUGCUAAAUAUUGUAUCUUAUGUAUAUAAUAAGGCUGUGUAUAAUGCUGAAUUAUUUAAUGCGGUAAGCUUCAUGUUCUUGUGAUGUAAAUUUAGCUGAGAUGAAUGCAAUUUAGCAUAUUAUUUAUACCUUUUUAGUUUUACCAUUGCUAUUAGUAACAAUUGAUUUAGACAUCUUUAGGCCUUUACACACCGGGGCGUUUUUUUGUAUGUGAGUAAUUCGUAUUUCAAUAUAUUUUUUCGAACUGUUUUCACAGAUGAAAAAGCAACCUUUUCAGAGCUUUUGCAGCACGAAUAAAGGAAUCAACCAAUCACGUUGUGCGUACAACGUGCGCCGUGCGUCCUUCCCACCUCUACUGAAAUAUGAUCUCCUUAGUCAGUUUAUAAACAAACAUAAUAUUAAUGUUAAUCACCUUGUCAUAUUGCUUAUUACUACAAGCUAGAUUUAGAGGUGUGAUUUGUGGUUGCUGGUAAAAAUGUAAUAAAUAAUUCCUGACAGUGACAGAUAUAUUAGACUUCAGAACAUCUCUGACUACGUACAUGCUGAAAAUCAAACAUUUUUACUGUAUAAAUUUAGAUAUAUUUCCAAAGUAAAAGUCCCUAGGAGUUAACAGUCAACGCUCCCGGUGUGUAAAGGCCUUUAGUAUUAUCGUAUCAGUCAAAUUUAAAAAGCAUAGUACCUCAGUAGUUGUUUCAGAGUAAUAUUUCAGAGUAAAUACACCUGCAGCAAUGAUUAAAAGUUGACUAUUUAGUUUCCUGUUUAAGGACGUGUACAUAUGGAGGAAAGAAGCAAUUUUGCUUCAUUUUACUUUGUCUGUGCCAGUUUUUCUCUUUGCUGACAUGAAAGUGUCCCAGUUCACCUCUUCAAACAAUGAACCAUCUUCCAUUAAAUGAAUGUCUGCUUAGUCAAUAACCUGCCAUGUUCACCACAGAAAACAGAUCCAUUAAAGGAACACUUUUAGUCCUGUAGUUUUCUUCUCUGAACACAUUUCUAAUCAAAACUAGACUCAAAAAACCUGCUUGUUUCCUAAACUCUAAACUCUUAACUCUAAUUUUACAGUUUUCACCGAAAGUUCUUAGUGCUCAGAACAAGUAGACUAACAUGUAAAAGUAUUCCUUUAAUGUCAAGGAGAAACAAAAGUGUACAAUAUACCUAAAAGCAAAACAGACAUCACUCACCUCAUGAAACUGUGUACAGAUGCUGCUUUAACUGAACUGUUGACGUCUAUAUUAUCAGAAUGUAAAUAGCAUCUCUAGAAAGAGUAGAAAACAGAAAUAAAUCAAAUGUGAAAGAGAAAGAAAAUGACUUAAAAACCUCAAAAAACAAGUGAGUGUAAACAGCAGGAGACCAAUAAGUCGACGGAAGACGCUUCAACAUAUCAACAUGUACUUGAGCAAGGCACUAUUAGUAGUAACAAUCAGAUUGUAGACAAAAUACUUGUUUUCAUGAGGUCUUUAACGUCUUUUCUUUCAGUCACAGCGCUGUAUGUUUGAUCCGUUGACUAAAGCUAAAUGAAAAGUUGCAGAAUAAAAGAUAUUGAAGGAG